AUGUCGAAUCAGCUCCAGCCGGCUCUUGUGGGCCAACAGCAGCAGCAGCAGCAGCAGCCCAAUCUGAAAUCUGCUGCUUUCCCACAGUGUUUCGUGAAACCUUUUAGCAGCCCUCUUCAGAUCAAAAGGAAUGUAAUAACAGACGAUUACAAAGUAACAAGUCAGGUGCUCGGGAUGGGGAUAAAUGGCAGAGUGCUGGAAAUAUUCCACAGAGAGAGUGGAGAAAAGUAUGCACUGAAGAUGCUGCAGGAUUGUCCAGAUGCCAGACGGGAGGUGGAGCUCCACUGGAGGGUGUCACCUUGCCCCCACAUUGUACCCAUCAUGGAUGUCUAUGAGAAUCUUUACCAGGGCAGGAAGUGCCUCCUCAUCGUGAUGGAGUGUAUGGAUGGAGAUGAACUAUUCAGUCACAUCCAAGACAGAGGGAAUCAUGCAUUUACAGAAAGAGAGGCCUCUGACAUCAUGAAGAGUAUCGGAGAAGCCAUACAUUUCUUGCAUUCCAUCAACAUCGCUCACAGAGACAUCAAGCCAGAGAACCUGCUGUACACCUCCAAAAGGACAGACGCCCUCCUCAAGCUGACGGACUUUGGGUUCGCCAAAGAAAUCACCACCUUAAACUCAUUAGCUACACCUUGUUUUACCCCCUACUAUGUUGCUCCAGAAGUUCUCGGUCCAGAGAAGUAUGACAGAUCGUGUGACAUGUGGUCUCUGGGCGUCAUUAUGUAUAUUCUACUUUGUGGAUAUCCUCCCUUUUUCUCAAAUCAUGGUCUGGCAAUAUCCCCAGGAAUGAAGAGACGGAUCCGUAAUGGACAAUAUGAGUUCCCCAACGCAGAGUGGUGUGAUGUGUCUGAGGAAGCCAAACAGCUAAUCUGCCACUUACUGAAAACCGAGCCCACACAGAGAAUGAACAUCACAGAGUUCAUAAACCAUCCCUGGAUUAAUCAGACUGUGGAGGUCCCACGAACGCCUCUUCACACCAGCCGCGUGCUGCACGAGGAGCAAGAUGUCUGGGAGAAGGUUAAGGAGGAAAUGACAAACGCCCUGCAAACGAUGAGAGUGGACUAUGAUCAAAUUAAAAUCAAAACCAUUGAUGACUCAACUAAUCCUCUACUCUUGAAGAGAAGAAAGAAAAGUAAAAACUCAGCCACACAACUUCCAGGCUAG